CCUGUGUCCACAGGUUCACUUAGAGUAAAAUGGUGCCUGGGAAUGCUUCUUCUGUGACUGAAUUCAUUCUGGUGGGGCUAACAGACCUACCAGAUCUCCAGCUCCCCCUGUUCUGCCUGUUUCUAGUCAUGUAUGUGGUUACUGCAUUGGGAAAUUUGGGCUUGAUAACUCUAAUUGGGCUGAAUUCACAUCUACACACCCCCAUGUACUUUUUCCUCUCCAAUUUGUCCUUCAUAGACUUCUGUUAUUCUUCUGUGUUUACACCCAAAAUGCUAUUUAACUUCACAUCAAAGAAGAAUAUCAUCUCCUAUAGGGGAUGCAUGGCCCAGCUUUACCUUUUCAGUUUUUUUGGUAUUUCUGAAGGUUAUGUGCUGACAUCAAUGGCCUAUGAUCGCUAUGUGGCCAUCUGCAACCCACUUUUGUAUAAUGUUGUCAUGUCCCCUAAAGCGUGUUCCAGCCUUAUGCUUGGUUCAUAUUUGAUGGCAUUUUUGGGUGCUAUGGCCCACACAGGAUGCAUGCUGAGACUGACCUUCUGCAAUGCAAACACCAUCAACCAUUAUUUGUGUGACAUCCUCCCUGUGCUCCAGCUUUCCUGCACAAGCACCUAUGUAAAUGAACUGGUGGUUUUCAUUGUGGUGGGAAUCAAUGUGAUUGUGCCCAGUGUCACCAUCUUUGUGUCUUAUGGUUGCAUCCUCUCCAGCAUCCUCCGCAUCAGUUCCACUGAGGGCAGGUCCAAAGCGUUCAGCACCUGCAGUUCCCACAUAAUUGCUGUUUCCUUGUUCUUUGGAUCAGGUGCAUUUAUGUAUCUUAAACCAUCUUCUGCUGGGUCUAUGGAUGAGGGGAAAAUCUCUUCUGUCUUUUAUACCAGUAUAGUUCCCUUGAUGAACCCAUUCAUUUACAGCUUGAGAAACAAAGACAUUAAACUUGCUCUGAGAAAAACUCUGAAUAGGGGAAAGUUUUGAUAUAUCUGCCACUUGGCAUUAGAAACUUGUAUCAAACACUGUAUUCCCAGUGUUCCAUCUUCCAAUUGGCAAGUAUAGGUCUCCUUUAAGUCCUGGGAUUGAAGAUUCCACAAAGGCAAUCAAGGUUAAUCCAUUUUGCAUAUGUAAACAUCAAGUAUAAAGUGUCUUUUGGCAGGCUUUUCUCUUUGACCUUUGA